AUGGGUUUCGGUGUGCACGUCCUUGACGCUGUGGAGCAGCACACGCACACGGUCAUUCUUCUCCACGGCCGCGGCAGUAACGGGGAGGAGUUUGUGGAAGACCUCCAAGGUAUGACCACGUCCAGCGGGCAGUCGCUGUUUGCCCACUUCCCAGGCGUUCGCUGGGUGUUCCCAAGCGCGCAAACUCUCUGGUCGAGCCAGUUCUUGGAGGCGAUGAGCGCCUGGUUUGAUGCGCCGUCGCUGACGGACAUAAGCAAGAACAAGCACCUCCAGGUCCCCGGAUUGAAGAGCUCGGUGGAGUUCGUGCGUGGGGUGAUCCAAGACGAGGUCGCGCGUCUCGGUGGUGACGCCGCCAAGGUGGUGCUGGGCGGUAUCAGCCAGGGACAAGCCACGGCGCUCCACGUCCUGCUGGGAGGAAGCCACAAGCUCGGGGGAUUCGUGGGUGCUAGCGGAUGGCUUCCUUUCGCGGACGAAGUGGAAGAACUCGGUUCUCUCGCAGAGGUCUCUUCCCAUUUUCGUGGAAAGCUUGGGCUAAGAGAUUCAAGGUGGCGGGGUUGA